GGUUCAUCUGCCGUUACUCGCCUCUCUAUCUUUCUUCUCCUAUAGGUUGUUUUGUGAUCCUCAUCUCUCAUGUCUCAUUUAUAUGUCUUUUAUUUUAUCCAAGUGUUCUUCAAUCUCCAUCCUAAAAAAGCGAAAAAAGACAAAGAAUCAUAAUAAGUUGACAGUACGCUCAUUCAUUUCAAGUAAAUUCCGAUUAAAUGUGUACUAUUUUCAGCGAAAUUCCCUCAUCGCCGAUUUGUGUGACCGAUAAUGUAUAAUUUUUUUGUGGGUUUUGAUAGUCGUAGAAUAUGUGCUACUAAAAUAGUAAAUACAGAUUUUCCUAAUAUCCAAGAUAUUCUUAUCGCGUAUUCGAGUGAAGCUGAUGGGUGUGAAAUAUUUGUGCCAAUAUUACACUUUGAAUGAGGUUAUUAAUGUUUUCCGUUGAUUUGCAUUGCGACAAACAAUAAAGGUGCUUCAUAUUCAAUGUUGCUAGUAUCAAUGUGUGAUGGACUGGAUAUUAACAAUAUCAGUGUUAACGAAGUUCGAGAACCAGGUAUAUGGGUCUCUGCAUCAGUUGCAGGAAGUCAAAAAGUGAAUGUAAAGGUAAAAAGCUAUGCAGCGAUUCCAACCAGUGCACAAUCUUGCCAGUGUACGUAGCCCCUGAGGGGGCAUGCAUGUGCUGUGACGGCAGCAGUGACAGGAUACGGCAGAAGCGGCGGCGGCGUGAACUACAACGCGCUAACAACCACAAAACUGCAGACGGAACUGGGUUACGAGUAGAGGGAGGCAUCGUAGAUGAGGAGGAGGAGGGGUUAGGAAACUCGUUCACGAGCAUGAACAUCACCAACCCUAUCAAAGGGCUGGUCAGCAAGCGUAGGAACAGAUAUAAGAAGGAUGGAUUCAACCUUGACCUUACAUAUAUUACUGACAACAUAAUAGCGAUGGGUUAUCCAGCAUCGAACAUAGAGGGCGUUUACCGCAACCAUAUCGACGACGUGGUGAAGUUUCUCGACAAGAAGCAUCCGGAUCAUUACUUCAUCUACAACCUGUGCUCGGAGCGUAGUUACGAUAAGGCCAAGUUCCACAAUAGGGUGAAGGUGUUCCCUUUUGACGACCACAAUCCGCCUAAGAUCGAUUCGAUUCAACCUUUCUGCAAUGAUGUCAAAGAAUGGCUGGCAAAAGAUGAGAAAAAUGUUGCUGCGGUGCAUUGCAAAGCAGGUAAAGGACGUACUGGCACGAUGAUAUGCUGUUACUUGUUGCAUAGCGGGAAGUUUGACAGCGCUGACCAAGCAUUGAACUAUUACGGCCAAACUCGGACGCAGGAUAAGAAGGGGGUCACGAUUCCUAGUCAGGUGCGGUACGUCCGCUACUACGAGAUGCUCCUCCGUAAGAACCUCGCCUACCAGCCGGUGUCCAUGUACAUAAAGGAGUUUGUCUUUGCGCCUGUGCCCCAUUUCGCCGGCGGUCAGAGCUGCCUCUCGUUCACCAUAAGCCAUCAGACGCUAUUGCAGGAAGGCGAGAAGAUGACGCAGAAAUGCAAGAAACUAAGGAAAAACGAUAUGUACGAGGUGAAACGGAGCGAUCAGCAUUCCUUCAGCAUCAAGCUAGAUUAUUGCCUUCCAUUGACAGGCGACAUAAAGAUCGAGUUCUACAACAAAUCGAUGAUGCGCAAGGAAAAGCUGUUCCAGUUCUGGUUCAAUACGUUUUUCGCGAAAGAGGCUGUGAGCUGCAAGGACGCGAACGGAUGUCCGGCGACGAUGGGGACACCGGAAAUGACAAGUGACAGUUGCGUGGGCGGCGAUGACACUUUUGUUCUCACGUUGGAGAAGAACGAGCUGGAUAUAGUCAACAAGAAGGACAAGCAAAACAAGGUGUUCAGCGCUGAUUUCAAGUUGACAGUGGCGUUGCAAAAAAUCAGACGGGACAUCGUUUGUACCGUCCCGUGCUACGACAGACAUUCUGCUGUGCAGGAUACGCCGAGCGAAAGUUCGGCAGACAGUUCGGAGGAUUCGACCAAUGAAGAGGACGAUUGGGAUAGCGUUACGGACAUGGAUCCGCGCGGCGUGGGCUACCGCAUUCUGUCAGAGUUCGAGAUCGCCUCCCAACUGACGACAUCUAGCGAGGAGCAUCACCAACUGCAACAGCAUGAGCCCAAGGACCAAUCACAGAAGCAAUCGCCUCAACCGCCUGAACAGGAACUGAUGAUCGCGUAGUAGUGGUGAUCAAGUAGUGGGGGUGAUGGUGUUCAGUAGAUGAUAGAGUGGAGGUUAUAUGAUCAGUUGUUGUCGAAUCAGUUAUAAGCCCAUGUUCCAUUACGCGGUCUAUCUACCCCGCACAUUUAUUACGCAAAAGCAACAAUUCCUUUCUUGUGUCAAACUGCAAUUUUCGCAAAAUUGGUAAUGUGUAGUGUAGUGGCUAGCACUAGCUGUGUGUAUUGCAUCGGAAUCAAUGAUCAAAUAGACAAUCGGCCAAAUGCGAUUAUUGUAAUCAGUCAUAUUUCCUCUAUCACAUCUUGUUCCAAAAGUGAACUUCAAAUAUUAUCCUACAGGCACGCAACCCACAAACCACGUAAGCGCAAUGCGGGUUGCAGUAAUUUAGGCAAAUAUCAGCAAAACGACCGUUACGCCAUUUCUCCAAAGGUGGCGCUCACAGCGUGCGGGCUAUUUGAAAACUGUAGAAGCUAAUCUGUAUUCAAAUAUCAUUCAUGCGACGUCAAAGCAAUCACCAUAUUGCGAUUCUCAAACGGAAGUAAUGUGGAAAGCUAGGAGUAGAUGUUGCUAGUUGAAUUGACCUUCAUGUCUAAGGAAUAUAUUCUAUAAGAUCUGUCUUUUCCAUAUCGACAGUUCGAUCUCAGACCACACUAGCGCUGCAUAGCGGAGGAAACAUGACUGCCAUUCCCCAUUCUUCAUAAAUACCUGUGCAAGCAGCGAUAGGCAAAUAGGAACGGCGAUCGAGUAAAUGAUGAGGUUCGAAAAGGGUUUAGUGUGAAUUUCUGAUGCCUGACAGAUUGCAGUGUUUACGUAAAAAGCACGCAGAUAAAAUCUAGGUUUACAGAGAAAUAGUUAGAUUCUAUUUUGAUGAUAGAGUAACGUAUGUUGCUUUCAACAGUAAAUUGGAAAUGUUAUCAUGUAGAAGCCUCCAGCUACCGUACCAUUAAUGACCAUACACUUUACGAUUGUCAAAUAGUGCUUUACUAUUUAUUGUUUGGGAAAUCACUCAAAAGUAUACCAGGAACCCUAUUUUUGAACUGAAAUCUUAUGACAGGCUGGGGAUAGGCAGUCGUGUAUUAGCGAACUUUGAUAUAUUUAAAAUGCAUUUCUGUCAUCUGCUUGUUGAAGUAUUAAAAGUGUCAUAGGAUCUGUGCUGAAGAUAAAGAUCAACUUCAGGUCGUAUAACCUCCAGAGUGGUGUUGUUGGGUAUGUGACGUUUCGUGCUUGUGGUAACGAACUCGCGCUGUGCGCGACGUAUAAUUUUGAAAUUUAGCUUGGAGAUAAGUGUUCGGACAUUUUAGAGUGAAGACUUUCGAAUAUGACUAAAAAUAUUCUUAUGAGGAAGCGUGCAACGUUCGCGACUGGGAUAUUUGAUGUGUGUCUAAACCAUUAUCUCCAAUAUUGUAUAUAGAGUUAAGGAAGAUUUGUAUAAAUUUUCACUGUAAGUAAUUGGAAACUCAUUUUUUAUAAAUCUAAGAAAAAAACUGCGGUGUAUUUAUAUAAAAGCUUAUUCUUACUAUCGGAUAUUUGAAUCUAAUUUACGUAAUUGAAAAGUCAUCUUAUCAAAAAAUUGUAACUAUUUGCUGCAGAAUCCUAAUAAUAAAUACUCUGUAAACCCGUAGAAACCUUUAUUUUGUUAUUCUAAAAGUGGUCUCAAAGUCUCAGAAAGUCUCGUGUCCGUCUUAACAUAUCAAAGGUAACAAAAAUCGUUUGAUUUUUUUGCGAAAAUCUCGCUUUUUAUGUGUUUAAUGCUGCUUGCAUUUAUUAUGAAUAUUGUAGAGAAUAAGAUUCUCUCUAACUUUUGUUUCGAACGUUUUUCCGUGUAAUCAACUGUUUUUGAAUUCUAUAAUUCAUUCAAAAAUACAUGCAUUAUUAACAUUUUUUAUUAAUAAAUGCUUUAUAUUUUUGAUAUUUUUCAUUAAUCAAAUAUACAGGCAUGUUUAUAUAAAAAUUCGCAAACAAGGCAUGUAUGUUGUAGAGAAGAAAACAUUUUUGUAAAAAAAUGUAUUUAUUUUUCAACAUGAUCUCCUUUGAGCUCUAUACACUUUUCCCAGCGAUGUUCAAUAAGUUCGAUACCCUUUUUAUAAUAGGAACUGUCUUGCUCCUCAAAAUAGCCAUUAACUGCCGACAUCACUUCUUCAUCUUUGGAAAAUCUUUGAACACUGAGCCAUUUUUUCAAGCUUGGAAACAGAAUAAUCCGAGGGGGCUAAAUCUGGUGAAUAGAGUGCAUGAGGUAGCAAUUCAAACUUUAAUUCGUUAGUUUUGGUCAUUGUAAUAACGGAUUUGUGAGCUGGUGCAUUGUCUUGAUGAAACAACACUUUCCUCUUAACCAAAUGCGGCCGUUUUUGCUUGACUUCAUCGCUCAAACGUUGCAAUAAGUUCACAUAAUACUCGCUGUUGAUAGUUUUACCUUUUUCAAGAUAGACAAUGAAAAUUAUCCCACGCGCAUCCCAAAAAGCCGACGCCAUAACCUUGCCUGCAGAUAAAACGGUCUUCGCCUUCUUUGGAGCCGGUUGUCCCUUUUGAGUCCAUUGUUUCAUCCAUGGUUAUGAAACGACGCAAAAAUUCUGCUCUGUUGCUGAUAAACUUCGCUAAACACUCAAUUGAAACAUCUUCACGACACUGUUUUUGCUCGAUUGUGAGCAAUCGCGGCACCCAACUUGCACAAAGCUUUCUCAUGUCCAAAUUUUCAGAUAAUAUGCGAUGAACCGCACUUGCCUACUAUGUCUGCUAGCUCGCGCACUUUCACUCGACGAUCAUUCAGUACCGCUUUGUGAAUUUUCUUCACCAUUUCUGGAGUCGUCACCUCAUUUGGUCGACCACUGCGAUGCUCGUCUUGGCAGCUCAUACGGCCUUGUUUAAACUGUGCUACCCAAUGUUUUACUGUUGUAAACGAAGGAGCAGACUCACCCAGAGUAGAAUCCAGUUCAGCUGUUAUAUUGGUUGGGCUGAGGCCUUUGAAAUAAAAGUACUGUACCACAUAACGAUGACCAAUUUUCUCCAUUUUCACAAAUUCACUGAAAACGUUCAGUACUGAUGGCUGCCAAACAAAUACUAAACAACGUGGUGUCUUCAAACUUGACACAUAUGCUUUAUAGGUUGCAUACUUUCUAAUACAAUGAUAUUUUUCAAACAACCGGGUACUUCUGGGACCACCCUCGUACACUGUAAUCUCCCGAUUUUUUGCAAAGCUAAACGCUAGAUUGUAUUUCUCGGGGACUCUACCAUACAUACGAAUUUGUUUUUGGCACAAUUCUUCGUUUGCGAUUUGCAGUUUUUUUGCCAUUUUUGGUUGUCAACCCGUAUAAGCAGAGAAUCACCCUGUAGUUCCCUGAUUUUUUGAGAAGCUAAUCCCUAGAUAUGCUAGCAUUAUGGUGUAAACAGCUGUCUCAAAAACGUUUAAUUGCAUGAAAAAAUGUUUGAAACAAAAGUUGUAGAGAAUUUCAUUCUCUACAAUAUUCAUAAGCGAUAUCUUUGUCAAAGAAACGAUUUUUGUGACCUUUGAUAACUUAAGAAUCGGUCACGAGAUUUGAUGAGACAUCUUUUAUACUGGCAAAAUAAAGGUUUCAAUAAGUUAUGGCUUAUAUAAUUGAACUAUAAAUGACAAUCAAUGUGGUCAUCUUUUGACUUCGAUCCAUAAGUGGGAUAUUUCAAUACACUACUAUGGAAAUAUCAAGUGAUCUGGAAAUAGCCAGCCACUAAGUGUAGUCGUCUUUAAUGUUUGCGUGUUAUUGGUUAACUGCACCACAGUUAGUUACAAUUUUCUGAUGACAUAUGACAUAUCUACUUGCUCUCGCCUUAAGUUCUGUCACGCAAGUCUCCAAUACCUUGGCGACAGUUUACUAUAGUUAUGGUAGCGAUGUCCAGUUUUACUCCCGCUAGGCGGUGCUUGUGUGUUCGGAGGUCAAACUGUCAAAAGUAGAUGAGAAAAAGACAGAUUUCAUAGAAAGUAACCUAUUUUUCAUGACUUCAUUACGUUUUGACAUCUAUUGACAUGAACAGCUGAUCAGCAAUUGACGUCUUUGUCAGUUCAUAACCUUAGAGCUGACCUCCAACCUAACUUGCGCCAAAUACGUUUAGCUUUUCAGAUUGUCCCCCAUUUGCUGAUUUGUAAUAUCUUCGACUUUGCUCGGAUAUGGUUCCUUAAAGGAGUCACUGGAAAUUAGUUUUCUGUGAUAACUUUUCAGCCUUGUCUAAUUUAAUCUUUUACUUAAAGUGGCUUCAAAAACAGUAUUUUCAGUGCUAUUUCUAACGAUGGUGAUGUUGGGCAUACGAACGGGAUCAAUGAUAAUUAAAUCAUAUUUGUUGUGAUAUUAUAAGAAACGUUAUGCACUACAGAACUUUAGGUUAGACAAAGUAUACAUUACGAUUUUUAUCCACUGAUGUUCCUCACUUAUCAAAAGAUUGGUUGAUUUUCCGCUGAUAACAACAUAUGUUUAGAUAGCGGUUUAUUUUUGCGGUGCACAAAAUUGAUAACCACAUCAACAUAUUUUUGUUGAUAGCCGAUAAAUUGUACACAAUAUGUACCUUAUCUCUUUUGACAAUGAAUUUUGUUACAUGUACUAUGUGUCUAUUUUUGUUAUUAAAUUACUUUCGAUAAUUCAUCAGUAUUU